UCCCAGAGUUUUAUGAGAAAGUGUGGAGGCAACACGUGAGAAGGGCACACGCUCCACACACCCUGCCGGCAUGGACCGAGACAGCCACAGCGAGGACACUUUGUCCACCAUGGUUCUGGAGAACAUCAAAAACAAACUGAUCCACGCCUUCAGGGCGACCGGGGAGUCCAGAGGGAACGCUCAGGACUCCGGCUCCACCGUCGGCCCGGUCAGCAUCGGCAGGAGCCACCAGGCCAACGAAGAGCUGCGGAGGGCUCAGAUAGACGGGGCGAUAACCUGGCUGAGGGCGGAGCUGCUGGAGAUGCGCACACAGGACCUGCAGCUGGCUCAGACGCUGCUGGGGCUCAACACGGAGAUCCAAAGACUGAGGAGGGAGAGCUUCGGCGGCGUGGACGUAGAAGGGGACGAUCAGCAGUGACUGGGCCCCAGCAGAGAGACCCUUCUUUGGGUGGAGAAGACUUCAGAGAGACUGGAGGUGGAAACAAAUGCCCCGGGAGCCAAUGGCGGGCAAGGAAAGUGCUGCAAUGCAACUGGACCGCGAAGAUCAUAAGAAUCUGCUUGUGAUAGUUGUGAUACAAUGUGGAAAUAGAUGUAAAGUAACCUGUAAUGGGGAAAAAGAAGAACAUGUGAUUUCUGUUCUGGGAUGCCGGCGUUGUUCAUGUUUAGAUUUUUUGCACUUUUGCAAAGUUGUCCUGAAGGAACCUGUUUGUACAUGUUGUGUGACUUUAGGUGGUGAA